ACCCUAUAUAUAUGCUUCUAUAGUUAGCCAAGACAUCAUACAAAUUUACAAGAGGCUAACAGUUCAGACAUACAAGUGAGAUUGUUCAGAGGGAUUUACUAGAGCUAGCUAGCUUGACUAACAUGGCACGAGUCAGUACUGCUCUGGUGUUGAUUGCCUUCUUCGUCGUUUUUCCGAGCAUGGUUUUGGCCACACAAUAUCUUGUUGGAGAUGAUUUAGGCUGGAAUGGUGAUGCUGAUUACGAGGGUUGGGUUGCUGACAAAACUUUCUUUGUUGGAGAUGUUUUAGUUUUCAAUUACGUUGCAACUGGCCACAACGUUGUUAUAGCUACUAAUGGUGACAAUUAUGACAAUUGUGUUGCAUCUCCAAACUUUGGUGUGUACGACAGUGGGAAUGAUGCAAUAACAUUGAAUGAAGCUGGAACUUACUACUUCUUAUGUUCAUAUCAUUGCGACUAUCUGCAACAGAAAGUUAUGGUCACUGUGAACUAGAUGAGAAAAUUUUACUCCAUCGAACAAUUUGGUUGAGCUCAAACGCUUCUCAGACAUUUUUUUUUUUUUUGAAAAGGGGUUUGGAACCCAGCCAAGCUGGGAGAUUUUUAUGAUUAAGUAAUUUGUAAUUUGUUUUUUUUAAUAAAUAAUCUCUAAUGUGAGGUGUCAGAAAAUUUCGGUAUAUUUUCAAUAAUUAUUUUUCACGUUGGGGAAAUUGUCGAGAUCAAUAAGAAAGUCUAAAUAUUUUCUUGUGCAAA